CAGCGCUAAUACUCGAUAGCUUAUGUUUUAUGUAGGCGCGCCCAGUGAAAUAUUAUCCUUCUAAUGAACCUUGAUACAAUCAAUGCUUUAAACGACAAGUGCAGCUAGCAAAAGGCCUGUCCACAUCCAGUAUUAAAUCUGACAAUCUAUUACCAUGUAAUGAUGUUUCGAAGCAAUUAGGGAGUCCCGUUCUUAGGGUCCACUCCGGCGUUGGCCCCUGACCAUCAUUUGUGCUUAGCGAUAGCGUCUCAUUCUCUCCUUACAGUUGUCAUAAAAUGAUACGAGAUUUUCGCGGCGGCGCAAUUUUGGUGUUCGUAGUUUGUGUAGCUGUCCAAGGCUUACCCCAGCAGGACGAUCCGCCUCCCUCAGAGCCCACACAUGGCUACCUGAUGGACAGCCAACCCAGCCGCCAAUUAUCGGCCAUUUUAGCACCAAUGGCUUCUGUUCCGCCGCCGCCGCCGCCACCCCCAUCGUGGCCCCAGCUUGUCGCCGACCCACUGCUCCCCAGCUGGGCUUCUGUUCCGCCGCCGCCGCCGCCACCCCCAUCGUGGCCCCAGCUUGUCGCCGACCCACUGCUCCCCAGCUGGGCUUCUGUUCCGCCGCCGCCGCCGCCACCCCCAUCGUGGCCCCAGCUUGUCGCCGACCCACUCCCCAGCUUUUGUUGGUCGGAGGAGUGGAGCAACUUGCCUGUAGCUGCGCGAACAGAUAUUCCUCAUGGCACAUUAAUCCUGCUCAACGGUCCAGUUCCUGGUAACACCGGUGUCGUACAGCUUAGCUAUUGCGGCUAUUUGGGCUCGGUAACCAUGGAUGGCUCGCAAUACCUUGAGAUAAGCGAGGACGACGGUUCUACAUAUUACGGCCCAGAAUUGCUUUACAAUGGCUGGGGAUUGGAGGAAUACGAGAAAGCACAGGUCGUUAACACGCUACGGGCUGCUGCCAUUUGCACACGAUUGGGCUACAAAUAUAGCAGGUUUAAGAAGGGGGCCAAGCGGUAUGGCUAUGGAACAGGCCUGGUUUUCACCAUAACACCGGCCUGCAAAGCCAACACCGGCUCAGCCGUAUUACAGGAGUUGUUUACCAAAAAACGUUUCCCGAGCGCCGAGGGGCGCCAAAGGUGGGGAAACCUGGAAAGGCUCCCCACGGACGGUUCUGAGGUGCUUGUGAACGCCUGUGAGGACAUGCGUGUGCAAGUGGCCUCAUCUGGCGAGAAUGAGUCCCAGCACCAAGGCGACCUGUCUGUGGACUGCUUCAACAGCAUCUUUGAAACGUACGGUCCGGACCCCUCAGGUGCGGCCCCUGGCUCCCUGCGGCUCAUGUCGUACCCACCGUGGUCGCCUGCACAAAGAACCUCAUGGGGCGCUGUUGGCUUUGUGCAGGUCUACACACAGGGCCGAUGGGGAGCCAUUUGCAGUGAUGGCUGGGCUGAUAGCGCUGCGGGCUUUGUAUGCCGCCAGCUAGGCUUUGCCGCUGGCAUAACCGCGGACCUCGUGUUUCCCACUUCCGACCCCAGCGUUGCACCAGACUUCAAUGUGGUCAGCUUACAGUGUUUGACACCUGAUGGCGGGUGUGCAUACUCUGCUGUUCGAUCUUGCUUCUUUGCGGACAUGGCUUCGGCUGCCUGCUACAAUGAGCUGCAGCAGGUUCCUGGCCGACCUCCACCUGCGCCUCCUCCACCUCCCAUUCCUGUAGAUGAAUGUACAGCCUGUUGGACAGUGAUUGUUGCAGGAGAUCUCGGUAAAUAUCAGCCAGUGGCGUCUUGGCAAGCCUGCAGCCUCUUUGCUGCCGGCGUCACUAAGUACAUUGCAGAUCAGUUUAAGGAUAUCAGCGUGGCGGUUACACGGGCAUUUACAUGUAGCAGCAGCACGUUUGCUGAAGACACGCACUCCAGUAUUACUAUGCAGGUUUGUGGUGGGGUGAGCAACGUGGACAGCUACAUCGGCCGGCUGAAGCCGCCGGCCCAAGGAUAUAAUUUUAUCCCGUUCCUUUCAAGCAUCGGUGCACUCAUUGGUGAUCCAGUGUCCCUCCGUGAUGUUGACUAUGAUUAUUCACCGGUUACUGGCGGCGCAUCGGGCUACACCGUUAACCUAACCACGUGUCAUGGCUGGUUAAAUGAAUGGCAUGGAAACCCACCUUUUGACCCGCGCGUACGCAAGCCACUGCGCAGUCCGCCACCCAGGAUGCCAACCACAACUGGUGAACCGCACCCACCUCCCCAACCACCCCCUCCUGGUGAGCCGCACCCACCUCCCCAACCACCCCCUCCUGGUCAACCGCACCCACCACCUCCACCACCCUCGCCUGGUCAACCCCGCCCACCACCUCCACCACCCUCGCCUGGUCAACCGCACCCACCACCUCCACCACCCUCGCCUGGUCAACCGCACCCACCUCCCCAACCACCCCUUCCUGGUCAACCGCACCCACCUCCCCAACCAUCCUCGCCUGGUCAACCCCGCCCACCACCUCCACCACCCUCACCUGUUCCUAGUCAACCGCAACCACCACCUUCACCAGAGAGACCAACAGCGGUUGCUAAUGGGACUGCAAACCAGCCUUCCAACACAAUGGCUGCACCCCCACCUCCUAUGGUGCUGACUCCUGAGUUCGUGGGUUGCUACAACGCCACACUUCUCAACACCUCCCUCACAGUACUCCUCAACACCACGACUCCAGGACCCAACAUGACGCUGGCCGGCUGCCUGGCAGCUGCGACGACAUCUGUUGGAAGCGGCAGCUCCGCCAACAGCAGCGUGUCAUCAAGCUUCAGCUUCCUUGCCUUCGCGGGGUACACCGUCCCUACAAAGAAGCCCAACGGCCGUACUGCCCUCCUUCUAACCGCCGUCUGCUACGGCAUGCACCAGCUGGACUACUACUCUCCCAACGCGCCAGCGCUGCUGCCUGCGUCCUCAUGCGCAGUGGUGCCCUGUGUGCUGCCGGGAGGAGCGGCGGCGGCCGCACAGGGCCCUGCAUGUGGUGGCAUGAGGCGGGAUGUGCUGGCAGUGUACUGGCUGGGGUAGAGCAGGGUAGGUAGGGUGCAGUUGUGCAGCUCCACAUCAACAUCAUGUCUGCUUAGGUAGGGUGUCAGUGCUUACACCUGUGUUGAAUGUGCCCACUUGAAACAGAGCGGAGGGGCAAGGCUAGGGCAAGGCGAGCGAGCGGGAUCAUACGAGUGUGUGCUUACUAGUGUUCAUUGCAACCAUAGGGUGUCCAAUUGAGAGACAUCUGCGCAUCUAUUCCUGGCAGGGAUUACCUCACCGAAAUAUCGUACCUACAGCGAAACGAACAAGGAUUUCGUUUUGUUUCGUUUGCGUUUACAGGCGCGUUUAUCGAUGGGGUAAUCCCUGAUUCCUGCCAUUCGCACAUGCUCGCGAUUCCAAGUACAGACAUUGUUUGGGCUUGUAAUCCCGACUGUCGUAUAUAUGCCAUGUGCAUUUUGGGUAUAAAGUUUCCGUUGAACACUAGCUAAUUGGGCUUGCAUCCAAGCGUAUUCAAUGACUUACAGAUGCAAUGCAUCUGUUGAUGUCUACCUAUGUUAACCUUGGCGAAGUUACUGCGUCUGCCCCCCCCCCCGUUGCCAUCGCUUGUCUGGAAUAUUUGCGGGGCGCGAGGCGCCUAUGGGCCACUCGCAGAGGCGAGGCCUGCUGAUGUACCACAAACACUGAUGUACCACAAAACGCUUCUCUUUUACCCAUGAGGUGGUUGAGGCGGACGGUUGCGUUGCGUUGACAUCAAGUGGAGGGAGGACAGGUUGUUGUUUUGGAUGCAUGCCCGUUCAUUAGUACUUUACUUAGCUAAUGUGUUCACGGAAUCCACUCCAGGGGGCUUCCACGGCGUCGCCACCUGUGCACGCCUCACAGCGGCCGGGGCUCUACAGUCACAUUUGUCGCCGUACGUGGGGGAAAGCCGCUACGGACGUUUGUGUGCAGUUCUUACCGAGGCGCGAGCGAGCGCGCAGGACGGUGUUGCUUGUCCUUGUCCCUAGCCCUAAAGCUUGUUGGUUUGACUUUUGGGUGGUACGGUAACGGAUCCAAAUGAACAGACUUGCGAUAUGCAUGUCGGGGUUAGUGACGAAGCAUGUACGCACGACAUCUAAUGCCUGCGGAUUCUUUUAAUGCUGGAAAGGUUGGUUUCUUUCUUCCGUUUCUACCGUAGCAUGAUGGCUGCAUGUAUAGGGGUGUGAGCGUGGUUCGUGGUUCGUCUACGGAUUCGCAAUGCCACAGCUUCUCGUGAAGAAAUUACCUGAAGGAUUGCGGGAUGGCUGGAAGCGUGGAAGGGGUUCCUGAAGCUCAGCAUUUCUAUGUCCUGUAACCGGCACGGCCCUA